AUGACGACGGUGGCGACAACAGCCUGUGAGCUUCAGGGGGUGCAAGGCUCAGGCAUCCUACGGAAGAAGCUACAGAUUCUGCUGGGUGUUCCAGGCCACAUUCCCAAUCGCCUGAACGACCUAUUGCUCCUGCGGCCUAAUACGGAGGGAGAGAGCAGUUCUGAAUCCAAGACUAGUAACAACAAGCACGUUGUAUUUUUCCAUGGGGAUAUUCAGAACUUCCAGGAGGAGAUGGCUCGGCAGCCUGAGGGAGCUCAGUGGCUGUCCUGGAGUCUAGAGCAGGUGACCCUCAUACUGGGCAGACGUUUCCCCAGCAGCCACAUCUGGGUGGUGAGAGCGUCCACCAUGUAUCUCCACAAAUUCAGCUGCUACCACAACUUUGUGGAGAGCAACAUGUUUGGUGCUCCGGAGCACUCUCCAUUCUCAGCGGACUUUGGAGCAUUUCACCACCUCAGAGCACUGCUGACCAACGGCAUGAAGCGAGCCAAGCUUCAUCUCCAAGGUGAAGCUGACAGCAUCCCCCCUGGGUUGUCCUUGACUUUGGUGGGUUUUAGCAAAGGCUGUGUGGUUCUGAACCAAAUGGUGUAUGAGCUACCAGGAGCCCGUGCAGACCCACAGAUGUCAGACUUUGUUAAACAGAUCUCAGAUAUGUUCUGGCUGGAUGGGGGGCAUCCUGGGGGAGGGGAGACCUGGGUGACAGACAAACAGGUGCUAAGAGAGCUUGCUGCCAGCGGAGUGUCAAUUCAUGCCCACGUUACGCCAUAUGAGGUGUGUGACCCCAUGCGGGCCUGGGUUGGUCGUGAACACAGAUACUUCAUCAAGAUGCUGGAAGAGUUUGGGGCCUGUCCCAGUAAGAAGUUGCACUUUGAAGACGAACCACCCUCCAUUGAGAACCACUUUAGGGUAAUCCAGGAGUUUUGA